CUUUCCCUCUCCCUCCUUCACGAGUCUCUCGUCCGUCAUUCUCUUCCUCUUAUUUUACGGUUGCAGGCGUGCAAGCUAAUUAUUCCCCUGUCUCGGGACCACCCAGCUCCGUCAUCUUUAUUUCUUCUUAUCUUGUUUCGCACCGCACCUUUUUGAAGCUUUGAAAACCCCCCCCCCUCUCCCUCUUCCCGUCCCUUCUAUCUACCCUUACCCGCCCCGGUUUCUCUCACUCUUGUGUAUUACCCCGCCACUCCUGGUCACUCUCCUUCACAUAGCAAACAUGCCUCCACAAUUGUUACCCGCCUCAGCGGCAGCCUUCGCUCCCAGGGCAUCCUCCGUCAACGUCGUGCUUGGAUCCGGCAAGCCAGAGCAGUGGCUCACACAGACACUGAAGAGAGUCAACCGAGUCAAGCGACCUUUGAAUAGUGUUAUGCAACACCAGAGAUGCCUGACCGAGCUCCUUUCCAACGAGAACGCCAUCUGGACCCUGACAUCCCUCAUGCUGCCCAAGGCGCCGCAGGCUGACCUUCGGGAAGACGAAAACCCGCUCGUGGAGGCCAUCUUCAACUAUCAGCUCCUCCACAUCGAAGCGUACGUGGUUCACGUGGAUAUGGUGCUGCGCAACGAGGUCGGAUUCAAGCUCAGCAAGGAUACCAUCGAGGCCCUGAUCGAGCACCACAAGGAUGUUCACUGCGUUGACGCCAAGGCAAACACCCAUGACUGGACCGAGAAGGAGCAGCAAGCCAAGAAGCUGCACGAAGACUUUGUCCAGGCCGUCAACAAGUUCGUGUACCGCACACAUGUCAGCGCACUGGAGGGGCUCGAGGAGGAGGGUGCUGGCGAGCUGCUGAACGGCAAGAGCGACGAGGUCAAGACACAACUGCUUGGCCUCAUGAAGCCCCUGCUGCCCCCUCCCCCACGGGCCGUCGAAGUGAUCCGCCAGCAGCCUCCCCUGCUUCCAUCGUCACCGGUCGGCGCAACCCUCUGGUCUCAGCCUACCACACCAUCAAGUGUCCCCGCCCCUGUCGAGGCCUGGAGGAUUCUGCCUUCUAGCCCGAACGUCGUCUCAACCCCGGCCGAGAACAUGCCCAUCUGGGCCCAUCUGGGCUUGAGCGAGGCCCAGGUGUCUCCUCCCACGCCAACAUACAGCCAGCCUUUCUCCACCGCCGGCUUCUUCUACAGCUCACCGGUCGUGACGACCCCGAUCCCGUCCAUACCUCCUCUGCCCCUUCCCAGCAUGUUGACCCAGCAAUGCGGUGUGUCCAUGUAUGGCGGGUUUGGAUGGGACCACCGGUACCAGGAGUAUACGCCUACCAUGUGACAACCACCAAGCGCCACUGGAGACAGCUACCCUACGGCUACGUCUUCACAGUAAUAUCUCCUUCAUGUCACCACUCCUCGGGCUGUCAUUCUCUGACGAGGAGGUCAAGAGACUAGAGAGACACCUCAAACAUUUCC